AUGUUAGCUAGGAUGCUGUUACUUACGGGAGAGUAUCCAAUAAAUCGCCUUUGCUAUUUAAAUUGUUUGUCCAGUCUUACAGCAAUGGCGACAUUGAAGAAAACCAAUUUGCCAUUGCCAUGCAGCUCGGAGCGCAGUCUUCCAACCCAGCAUCAAUCUCGUGCCUUCGUCGAUGAGCGGGAUUUUUCGGAUGCGUACAUUAUCGAAGACGUUAUCCACCCACAUGGAUUACACGUACCGGACCCUGUGCAUUGUGUCAAAAAGGACGAUCAUCACGCUCAAAGCUUUCUGAACUACUCAUCAGGUGAGUCUGACUUUAACAGUGAUAAUUCAAAUGAGGAGAGUAGGAACGAGAUGAUACACUGUAUCAAUCCUCAGCCCAGACGACACCAUACAUCAAGUGCAGCAUCCGACGACAUUGAUACUGAUCGUUUAGUUCAGAUUAUGGUAGAAGAGACUGAGCGCAAGCAAAAAGCUCGAGCCGAGAAAGAACUAGCAUGGAAAAAGUGGCGACGAGACACGCAAAGACCGUGUCGAUACGGUCAAGUUGCUCGAUGCCUUGUGUUCGAUUCAUCUCUCGCUCGAACGAAUGAAGAUGUGGAAGAAUCAACAGACAAAAAUCCAGCUUUCACACGGCACAUCGAUCGAAUGAGUAACAAAAUAGCCAGGCUUUUGAGUUACGGGCAAAUUGCCGACGACGAGCGUAGCAAUUCAUUUAGAUCGCCGACUUCACCGGCCGAAAAUAAAGCAAACCCAAAGGUUGGUGCUGGAAGAUCAUCGACUCAGACAGCACUAUAUGCGACUCUGAAGCAGCUUACUCAGACUAUUAAAAAAGCGGAGCUAUCUGAAGCAGGGGUAUCUCGCAUCUCAGCUUAUUUGGUUUUAAUUGACCAAAUUGUGAGCGAAGACACAUCCAAGAAAAAUGGUCAGAACGGACGAGGACUGCAUCGGCUUUCAAGAACGCAAUGGUCGAGGAUCAUACACGACUCGUCUGAGCGUGUGAAGGAGCUUUGUGAGCCAAUGACACCAUCAAAACAAUUGGCGAUUUCUUCCGAAUUUCCCGUGUUGGGAGAAAAUAUUCAACCUCGAGUUGUAUCUACUGUGCUGAGCUCAUUCAAAGCCUUCAAUGCUACAAAAGACUUGGGUGAUACUUUAACCACAUUCAACACACUGCUCCAAGAUUGCGGUCUUGAUGGUGUCCAGAUCAAAGAACCGUGGCAUGUGUAUUGCCACAUUAAAUCUGCAGUUUACAGUAAACUGGGCUUCCGCCAUAAACAGCUAUUCAAACUUCUUGAUGAGCGUUAUUGCUUAGAUGCUUACAAACGCAAGCCUGUAACUCGAAAACGUCUUUGCAUUAUCGGUGCUGGUCCUGUUGGACUUCGAGGAGCAAUUGAAGCGGCACUAUUGGGUGGUCAAGUGAUUGUGCUGGAAAAACGCGAUCAUUUUAGUCGUGAAAACAUGCUUCACUUGUGGCCUUGGGUGAUUCAGGAUUUACUCUCUCUUGGUGCCAAAGUUUUCUUCCCACAGUUUUGCAAAACAAACACUCACUUUCAUAUCAGUAUGCGGCAAUUGCAGGUUGUUUUGCUUAAGAUUGCGCUACUGGUUGGUGUGACAGUAUACUCCUCAACCGAGUUCGAGUCCAUCGUGCCUCCUGGACGGGAAAGUAGUGGUGGCAAACCUUAUUAUAUGGUAACGACCCAGCCACAGAUUUCAACGAUGGAAUUUACUGCUGUACUGGGUGCUUCUGGAGCGAAUGAUAACUUAGCCAAACUAAGUGGCAUUAAUCGCUUUGUCUACAAUAGCAAUGAAUCCUUAGGUAUUCUCUGCUACUUUCCAAACCUUGGCACAUCUGAGGAAAUGAAGGCCAAGGAGUUUUCAUGGACUUCUAAGCUCAAACAUCCAAUGCUCGACAAGUUGCGUGAUCUUGGAAUCGACCUGGAAAACGUCGUGUAUUACCGUGGUGAGAUGCACUAUCUGGUGAUGACCCCCAAGCGCCAGAACUUGUUGGAAUUUCAUGUUCUGAAGGAAAAUCGAUCCAGUUUAGAAGACCUGGUCAAGCAAACUAACGUCAAUGAACGCGCUCUGCAAUUGUUUGUUAAAGAGAUUGUUAACUUUGCGGGUAUCCCUCGAAAAGCAGAUUUUACUCGCGUUAGUCUACUGGAUUUCAGCUCUCUUACACGUGCUGACAAAGCGGCAACUAUCUUAUCAUCACACGGUAAAAAGCUAUACGUCGGUCUUAUUGGAGACUCGUUACAGGAACCAGAGUGGCAUGAAGGUGUGGGCACCUCAAGUGGCUUUUUAAGUGCACUUGACUGCGUGUGGAUGGUAGCACAGAUUGGCAAAAAGUCUGACGAACAGAUAUUAGCAGACCGACAAGCUGCGUAUCAAGUAACAAUGAGACUGUCGAGUACACAGCGCGAAGACAUGCAAAAGAAUGUACGGAAGUAUACGGUCGACCCUAGUUCGCGCUACACAAUUUGA